AUGCUCGCCGGCGAGGACUUCCGAGGUGAUACUGCAGGGGCCCCCAAAUUGUGCGAGAGAGCCAUAUUCCGCGUGCCAUGUCGCCAGAACAAUCCAUGUCGCCAAAGUGAACUUGCGGCAGCAUGUGCCUGCACACGCGGCUUUGCCCAGUCCAGCCCGCCGGCCGACCACUCCAACAUCGCCGUGCACACGCGGCUGGUGGGUCACUCCCGUGCCAUCACCUCCGUUUUCUUCAACCUGCUGGAGGACCAGCUCGUGACCACCUCCAUUGAUAAAUCGGUCCGAUUUUGGAACGUCGACACGGGCGAGAUGCUGAAGGUCUUCACAGAUUCGUCUCCAGUACCAGUUGCGGCAUUUUUGCCCUUCAACCCGCAGGUCUUCGUAGCUGCGAACUCCAAUGCCGUGCUGCGCCUGGUGAACGUGCAGAACGGCAUGGUGCUGCAGAAGUUGAAGGUGGAGACGGAGGUGCGAACCCUGAAAUUCGAUGACACUGGCCUCUUCCUUUUGGCUGGCACAAAGAGUGGCAGUAUCCACGUGCUGGAGGCGACGGAUAACAACUCCCUGAAGUUCAAGUUCAAGGUGCAGUUGGCCAGAGCUCCUGUUGGAUCAAGUUGCUUCCGGCUUCGCCCGAAAGCCGGGAGCGCCAUGGAGGGCGAGGAGUUGCAGAGGCGAAGGCUGGACGAAGACUCCAAGAAGCUCUUGGAAACCGAGGCGGCCAACCUUGCCUCGUACUACAGCCAGCUGGCUGAGGACAAGAAUGUGAGCCCUAAGGUCCGGGAGGCAGCAAUGCUGUACUCCGUAGCUGAGGAGCAUUUGCAGGACGAUGAGGUGGAGGAGGCCCUCUCAAAGGCCGGCCAGGCGUUAGAGCUCUUCAGAGAAGCCGGCAACAAGGCAGGGCAGCAGGACUCCGUGCGGCUCCUUUGCGCGGCCGAGCGCCUGAAGCAGUCCCCGGAUUUUUCCAUCGACAAGGUGCAGGCGGAGUUGCGAAGCUUCCGCGAGAGCGACGACAAGAGGGGCCAAGGCUGCAUGCUGCUGGCACUGGCAGAGACGCAGCUUGUAAAGGCCUUGGCAGGGGAAGCGCUCAGCAACAUCGAGGAGGCGUUGCCACUGCUGAGGCAAGCGGGGGACAAGCGCCUGGAAGCCUUCGGCGCCGUGCUGGCGGCACGGGCCCAGCUGCGCCGGUGCCAGGCCAAGGACGCGGUGCUCUCCGCAGAGAACGCGGUGAGUUUGUACAAGGAAGCCGGCGACAGGAUCGGGGAAGGAAAGUCCUACAACUGGCUGGCGCUGGCGCAGAUGGACGCCGGCCGGCCAGCAGAGGCGCUGAGCGCUGCGCACAUGGCGCUGGAGAUCGCCCAGGACUUGGAUAGCCACAAGCUGCAAGCAGGUGCCCUGCAGCUCCUGGCGAAGGUCCACGUCUUCAAGGAGAAGAGCCGCGCCGCGGUGCAGUUCGCAGAGCGGGCGCUGGCGGUGAGUCGCAAGGUGCAGCGGUCCAAGGCCGAGGGCGGCGCUCUGCGGCUGCUGGUGAACUCCCUGGUGCAGAGGGGCGACCUCAAGCGUGCGCUCAAGGAGGCCGAGGGCGCUGUGGAGGACUACGAGGCCAGCGGCCACAAGCGCGCCGAGGCGGCGGCCCACGGCGCCUUGUCGAUGGUCCGCCUGGCGCGGAAUGAGCUGGACCUGGCGGCCAGUGAGCAGAACCAGGAGCUCAGAAAACACAAACCGCUUGUAUUUCGGGGCUCCUGCCUUGACGCCAUGCUGUCGUUGUCGAGCAUCUUCGCGUCCAUGAAGAAGCCGGGCCAGGCGAAGGAGAAGGCGGAGGAGGCCAAGCAAAUGGCGGACGACAUCCAGGACAAGAAGGCGGAGGUGCUCGCCACGGUGGCCCUGGCCACUGCGCAGAUUGCGGAGCAGAAGCACGAGGAUGCCGCGAACACCGCGCAAGAAGCACUGCGCGCGGCGAAGGAGACGGAAGACAGGCACUUAGAAGCCACGGCCUUGACGGCGAUCAGCAAUGUGCAGCUCGAUUCGUACUGCGCGAAGUCGGAGUUCGCCUCGGGCGUGGCCAAGCUGCUGGAUGCCAAGGCACUGCUGUUGGAGGCCCAGGACAAGCGCGGCGCGGCGGCGGCGCUGCUGAGUUUGGCGGAGGCGCACGUGGCCGCCAAGGCGCCGGAGGAGUCCAUCGCCUGCGCGGAAGAGGCCAAGGACCUUUGCCGUGAGGUGGACUACAAGAGGGGCUAUGCCGAUGCUCUGCAAAAGCUGGCGGCAGCUCAUUUAGCCAAUGGCAAUGAGAAGGAGGCCUGGGGGCCAAGCUGCCGAUUGAAAGGAACCUCAGAAUGGUUGGAUGCUGUCAGCCCGGGAAAUCGCAUCAACUGCUUGUGGUCAUGA